GAAAUUUGUCGGGAGCCGUCGCCAUGUUUAGAAGUGUGUGCGUCCUUGAGCGAGUCGAGCGAAAAUGUUCAGCAAAAUAUUAGAUAUAGCUCAUGCACUGUACAUUACGUGAAGUACCUAAUUACAAUUUAAUGCUCGUCGAUCACGGGUAUAACAAUUAUUUUCGUGGAUGGCUCACCUACGUUGCAGAAUUUUGUGAUUACAGUAUGUGUAAUGUGUAAUGAGUGAUAAGCAGACUGCACCUAUUUUACCACCCCUUAAUGGGGGUGGAGGAAAUAAUGGGAGUAGCAAUGGAGGUGCACCACAACAAACUGUUAAUUUACAACAAGUUCUUGCCACUGCCCAAGGACUUAAUGUUCUUACUACAGGUGCUGGGCAGCAAUUUGUUAUUACUUCACAGGUUCCUGGUCUUACACAGGUUAUACCAAGUAAUGCAACAACAAAUGCAAACAUUCAACAAGUUGGUGUUACAAGGAUUGUUAAUAUUAGUGGUACACCACCACGUGUAAGCACCAUGGGAGUUGCAGGUGCAAGUAAUUCAGUUUUUACAUCUCCUACUCGUCAGAGUUCACCUAAAGUUGUUUUAGCAACAUCUCCAAAACUUGUUCGAACUUCUAUUGGAAAUAUGUUUGUUGCACCAACCUCUCAAGCUUCUAUGCAAUCAUCACCUGCAAGAAAGAAGUUAAAGUUAACAGAUUCCACUGAAAAACCUACUAUGAUUACUGAUGAUGCAAUGGGUUAUAGAAGAAGAAUUAUAGAACAUAAAAUGAAAAGAAUGCGUGCAAUAAGAGAAAAAUAUGCUGAGAAUGCAUCAGAAUUGUUCUUUCUUCAUAUAGGAGGCAACAUGAUGGAUUUUCAGUCAUGGAGGAAGAGACCUCCAACAUCUCAAUAUUUGCAUUUUUUACGGCAACAUAGAUUAGAUCCAGAUGAUGAUGAUGAAGAUUUAACAGCCCCACUGCCAGCAAUGUCAGAAAUUUCAUUAAUGCCAACUCCAACAACUGUUUCUACAAUAGUUCCUGUGAAUCAGUGUACAGAAGUAAAAAUUUCUGGAAUAAAUGUUGCUCCAGUUGCAGUGUCUACAACAUUGCCUGCUGCAGUAGCUCAACUCAAUCAACAAGGUAACCACUUUGUCAUUGUAAAUAUAUUUGUAAUUGAGUUGAUGGUUUAAACUAUAUCAAUGGUAGUCAUAUAAUUUUCUAAUAAAACAAUACUUUAUCCA